UUUGCAGCGGAAGUGGAUUCAUUCUGCCGGCAGGCGCUGCGGAGGAAGCAUCUCCUGCUCGCCGCGCAUGCGCGAAACCCCUCAGGACGACGGUUGGGCCGUUAUUCGCGUCUCGUGAGGUAAAAGUGUGUUAUUGAAACGCCUCAGGAUGGCGGUUGGGCCGUUAUUCGUAUUUUCUGAGGUAAAAUGUGUUACUGAAACGCCUCAGGAUGGCGGUUGGGCCGUUCUCCGCGUCUUUUGAGGUAGAAGUGUGUUAUUGACGAGCGGGACGAUGCUGCACUCGGUGCGGGGCGGCGAGGAGGAGGGCCCCGGCGCGACCUCGGCGCUGAGGAACGACCUGGGCUCCAACCUGUACCUCUUAAAAGGCCUCAAUGUGCGCUUCCGGUGCUUCCUGGCCAAGGUGCACGAGCUGGAGCGGCGGAACCGGCUCCUGGAGAAGCAGCUGGCGGCGGCGCAGGACCUGGGCGAGCGGAGGCUGCGCUACCGGCGCUUCCCGAGGCACCAGGCCGUGCAGACCGACCCCCUGCCCCCCUCGCCGGCGCCUGCUCUGCCCCUGCCGUUACCCCCGGCGCCCUCGCUGCCGCACUCGCACUCCCACCCGCCGCCCUCCGCCGCCUCGGCCCACAGCCGCCUCCCGGGCACCAUCUGGAGCUACCAGCGCGAGGGGCGCCGCUCCGGGGAGACGCUGCGCGGGCCCGGCGUCUCCUGGCUCCACCCCGACGGCGUCGGCGUCCAGAUCGACACCAUCACCCCCGAGAUCCGCGCCCUCUACAACGUCCUCGGCAAAGUCAAGCGCGAGAGGGACGACUACAAGAGGAGAUGGGAGGAGGAGCUGGCCAAGCGGAUGAGUUUGGAGUCAAUGGUGGAGACGCUGCAAGAGGAAGCGCAGGAAGCUGAAGCCCUCCAGGAGGAGCUCAACGAGAAGAUCGAGAGGCUCAAAGCGGAGCUGGUGGUCUUCAAGGGCCUGAUGAGUGACCCCAUGACAGACCUGGACACAAAGAUCCAAGAGAAAGCCAUGAAGGUGGACAUGGACAUCUGCCGCCGAAUCGAUAUCACAGCCAAGCUGUGCGAUGUCGCACAGCAGCGCAACUCCGAAGACGUUUCCAAGAUCUUCCAGGUGGCCUCCAAGAAGAAGGAGCGGAAGCUACUCUCGGACGACGACCUCUCAGAGCGGGACGCCGCCGACAACGCCCGCUUCUCGGACGAGGAAGUCGCCUCGCUCAACAUCACCGACGAGAUGAAGAGGAUGUUCAAUCAGCUGCGGGAGACCUUUGACUUUGAUGACGACUGUGACAGCCUGACGUGGGAGGAGAACGAGGACACGCUGCUGCUCUGGGAGGACUUCACAAACUGCAACCCCAACAUUGAGCUCCAAGGAGGAGAGCAAGAGGAGAACCUGGGCAACCUGAUCCACGAAACGGAGUCCUUCUUCAAGACGAGAGACAAAGAAUACCAGGAGACCAUUGGGCAGAUUGAGCUGGAGCUGGCGACGGCCAAGAGCGACAUGAACCGACACCUCCACGAAUACAUGGAGAUGUGCAGCAUGAAGAGGGGCCUCGACGUCCAGAUGGAGACCUGCCGGCGGCUCAUCAAAGGCUCAGCCGAAAGAAACUCCCCGUCGCCCAGUUCCGUGGCCAGCAGCGACUCAGGAAACACGGACGAGAUCCAAGACGAGUUUGACCGGGAAGCAGACGUGGAGCCCAUGGUCAGCUGAUGAAAGACCGAGGGGAAAGAAAGGCAAAAAACGAAGAAAAAAAAGGAGAGAGAAAACAGAAAAAGCGCAGAAGACUACGAAAGAGGAAGCCGACGGAGCCGAGAGCCUGUCGAAAGAGACACAGAAUCGUUCUGCCGUUCGUUCGUUGGUUCGACAAAACGUUCACGUUCUGGGAGGAAAGCGGCGUCUAAUCCUUGUGCCUUUGCCCCAAGCUCCACCAGAAAAGAGACAACAAUCAUCGUGCUUUUUCUAUAUACAAAAAAAGAAACCUGAUUGUGUUUUUCCCAGACGAACUGAGAGACCGAGUGGCCUCCGUCCAUAUUUUGAAGCAAUUAUUAAUAAUAUCGAGAUCAGGGAGACAUUGGGAGGCAAUCUCCAGCGUGGAUCCCUCUCGAUCCGUGGGGUGUUUUGUACCCGGCGGCCCUUUUCUGUCCAGAGAUCCUCCAAAGCUUGGUUGACAAAGCAAAGAAACAGAACAAAACAUAGAUAGGUGGGGAAUGGGAGCAAGCCGGGGGGGGGGGGGGGGGGGCUGUUUUUUUUAAAAAAAAUUACUAUGCAAACAAAGAAAAUGGGAAAGAAUAGCGCCGGCCUUAUUUAUACAAACCACAACGGAAGACUUGCAUGGUUUUGGGGCAUCCGUUUAUGGUGGCUGGCCACCCUCACCGGGGCGGGAAUGGGUCUUGUUUUUCUCUAUUUUCUUGCAAAUAUUCUCUAAUUUUGUUCCAAUUUUAUUGCACGCAUUUCUAUUUUCUUUCCAUAUGUUCUUGCAAAUUUUCUUGAUUUUCUUUUCAAUUUUAUUGCACACCUUUCCAUUAUCUUUCCCUAUUUUCUUGCAAAUAUUCUUUCCAAUUUUAUUGCAAUUUUUUAAAUGUUCUUGCGAGUACUCCCAGUUUCCCCCCCCUCCCCAAUUUUCUUGCAAAUAUUCUCAAUUUUCUUUCCAGUUUUCUUGCAAAUGUUCUCUAUGUUCUUGCAGGGAUUCCCAUAUUCUUUCCAAUGUUCUUUCCUGUUUUCUCCGUUUUCUUGUAAAUAUUCUUUAUUUUCUUGCAAGUAUUCCCAAUUUUAUCGCAAUUUUUCUCAAAUUUCUUUGCAAAUAUCCUCAAUUUUCUAGUUUCCUUUGAAAUAUUCUCAAUUUUUCAUUUCCAGUUUCUCUUUCCAAACAUCUCAAUUUUCUUGCAGAUAUUCUCAAUUUUUCUUGCAAAUAUUUUUAUUUUCUUGCAAGUAUCAUCAUUUUUCAAAUUUUCUUUCCAGCUUUCUCACUUGUCGUGCAAAUAUUCUCAAAUUUCUUUCCCAUUUUUUGCAAAUAUUCUCUUAUUUUUUUACAAGUAUUCUCAGUGUUCCUUCCAAUUUUCUUGCAGAUAUUCUCAACUAUCUUAAUUUUUCUAGCAAAUUUUAUUUUCCCUAAAUUUUCUUGCAAAUAUUCUCAAUUUUCUUGCAAUUAUGCUCUAAUUUCUUUCAAAUUUUGCAAAUUUUCUCAGCUUUCUUGCAUUCUCACUUUUCAUCCCUAUUUUCUCAAAUAUCUUGGAAAUAUUCUCACUUCCCUUUCCAAUUUUCCGACAAAUAUUUUAAAUUUUCUUUCCAAUUUUCUCCCCUUUCAUUCGCAUAGUCUCAAUUUCCAUUCCAAUUUUACUUGCAAAUAUUCUCUAUUUUCUUGUACAGGGUGUAUGAAAAAGAACUCCCUAGUUUUAAUGUAUUUAUACUUAAAACUAGGGAGUUCUUUUUCAAACACCCUGUUUGCAGUUUUCUUGCAAAUAUUCUCAAAUUUCUUUGAGAUCUUGCAAAUAUUCUCCGUUUUCUUGCAUUCUCACUCGAUUUCUUCUCGGUUUUCUCAAAUUUCUUGGAAAUAUUCUCACUUCCCUUUCCAGUUUUCUGACAAAUAUUCGCAGUGUUCCUUCCUAUUUCCUUUCCAAUUUUCUUCCAAAUAUUCUUAAAUUUCUUUCAGAUCUUGCAAAUAUUCUCCGUUUUCUUGCUUUCUCACUUUUCUUCUUGGUUUUCUCAAAUUUCUUGGAAAUAUUCUCAUUUCCCUUUCCAGUUUUCUGACAAAUAUUCUCAGUGUUCCUUCCUAUUUUCUUUCGAAUUCUUGCAAAUAUUCUCAAAUUCUCUUUUCAAUUUUCCUUGUAAAUCUUCUCAAUUUUCUUGCAAGUGUCCUCAAUUUUCUUUCCUAUUUUCUCAGUUUCCUUUCCGAUGUCUGAUCUUUCCCAUUCCAGCAGUUAGUUCCCUGGGCUUCCUAGCGCAAUUCUUUUGGGCUGAUCUUUAACCGGCCAACUGAAGGGAGCCUUAAUGUUUCCCGGCGCAACUUUCCUCGUGCUUCUUUUGGGCUGAUCUUUAACUGGACAUCCCACAGAGGAGCCUUAAUGUUUAAUUCCCGAGCAAGCGUUGGGACCUUGCCCUUUCUCUUGGAGGAAAAGCGUCCUCUCAGCAAAGGCUUUGAACCAUGAAGAGUGAAAGUUCAUUGCUUCCGAUUCGCUUUUCUCCUGUUCCAAAGGCUUUCCAAGGGUUCGGAAUCCGUCGUGGCAAAAGCCUCGCUUGCUUUGGCUCCAGGGCCUUUACCAGAGGGAAGAGUUUCUUCCCUUCGGAAAAGGCUCGGCUUAGGGAAACUUGGAGCGUGUUGCUGUUUUCUAGAACUUUUAUUUGCCCACCUCUCUCUCUCUCUGGUGCCUCAAUUGCGCCCCCAGGGGUUUAGCGCCUUCCGCGUAUGCGUAUUUUGCUUACCGGUUGAGCCGCCCCUGUUUGGCUCCUCCUUGAAGCCUUGCUUUGCUAUUUCUUGCUUGUCUUUAGGUUAUGGGCCACGUCCCAUUCUCUGCAUCAAGCAAAUGCCGUAUCCAAACGGAGUCUUCUUUUUGCUGCUUGAGCAGGCACGGGCAAACUUCGGCCCUCCGGGUGUUUUGGACUUCAACUCCCACAAUUCCUAACAGCCGGUAGGCUGUUAGGAAUUGUGGGAGUUGAAGUCCAAAACACCCGGAGGGCCGAAGUUUGCCCGUGCGUGUGCUUGAGACUCCCAUCCGUCGCUGGUCCCGGUUUCUCCACAUUCCCGGGAACAUUCCCAUUUCUUUUUUUUACGAAAACGCAUGGUCCGAGUGUUUGCUUUUAAGAGGCCGGCAUGUUAAAAAGGGUGACGGGGAAAUUCCGUUUGGGAUUUGGGUAGGUUCCUCCUCUAUUUAUAUAUUUAGGCGGCACUUCUGAGUGCGUAGUAGGGAUCGAGUCCGCUUCCCGUAGGAGGAGGCCGUUCUCGGCGUAGGAAUAAAAGUAGACGGUGGUUGGUAUCCUUUUUUUAAUUACUACUAUUAUUUUUUAAUAUAUCCGUAUUUAUGCCUUUCGACGUUUUGGGAGACGGGGGUUUCCUUGGUUUUGUACAAAAGGGAAACGAGCGCAGGGUUGGUUUGCUUCGCAAAGAGAAACCGGGCUUUUUGUACAGUCCUGUUCCCGUCACGGGGGUCCUGACCUCGUUCCUUCGGCGGACGGGACCCCGCAAAGCUGUACAUACUUUGGUUAUUCCUGCCGCGCGCGGUGUCAUAUUGACACUUUUUACAAAAAAAAGGAAACACACUGAGAAAAAGCAAAACAAGGGAGGGACGGGUUUCCUGGUGGGGUUUUAUUGGAGCGGGAGGACAAAUAUAAAGGUGAAAGGGAUUGGGGGGAAAAACAGGGGUGUUUGUAUGGAGGGGAAUAAAAGGGGGAAAAAAGAACGGGGCCGGCUUUGUGGGUGCAUGUUUGGAAGCGAAGCCUAAUAAAAACCGUCCAAAGAA